CCGAUAGAGAUGAGUUUCUGACAUGCCUAGCAGUCCUGGAGAAACGGGGGACAGCAGAAGAGGGAAGAGCAGGGCAUUGAAUGCUCCAGACACUACUUUUAUGGAGGGAGUGGGCAAACAAACAAAACUGCACCUCUCUGUCAGAAACCACGAGGAAGAGUGUAAGAUGAGCAAAGAGCGAGCGAGCUGGAGGUGGGCACUGGCGAGAAGGCACAGAACAAAGGACUCUCCAGGGAGACUGGGAACUGAAGAAGGAAGACACGUGAGCGAAUGUGACUGGACUUGUUCCCGCAUUCCCCCGAAGACUGCUGUAAAACUAGGAGUAAAGAGCGUGUGGCAAUCUGUACACACAAGCACCUGCGACAUUACUCUCUAUACAAAUAUGUUGGAUUUAUUCACAGGGAGCUCAUGAAAUUAAGAAACCACAGUGCAGACACGAGCCGAGACAGAGACAAGGUACAAGAAAGUGACACCAUUGUCUUCACAGAUCUUAACUAAAAAGCCCCCCCCCAGAGGGAAACAGCUGCUGUUACUGGAUGCCAACAUUACAAGAAGUUUGUCUCCUGUGGACAGUACCCCUCAAUGGCUCUCUGCACCCAGCUUCUGCAUUGUAAAAUACAAGAGUUUACACAAAACGAGGUGCAAACAUCCAACUGCGCUGGAUGGGUUGGUGGUGGGUUUCAGUUGUGUAUUUCAGACUCACAUUAUUGUAGAAUUGCUGGACAUGUGUAAAGAACUUGGCAGGAAGCCCCAAGGGUCUUUGAGUUCCAAAUGUCUUUUAUUGAAAUGUGAGAGCUCAGUUAGGCCCUUGUUGUUAAACAAAUUCUAAAGUUGCCUUUGCAACUGACCAUCUGUGGUGGAAUCAUGGCCAAGAUGUAGAAUUUUGUAAAGAUCCCAGUGGAGAAGACUAUCAUGCUGAGAACAGAACCAUAGAAGGUGUAAAGGCCAAGAUCCGGGAUAAGGAAGGCAUUCCUUCCAGUCAGCAAAAGCUCUUGUAACCAGAUGGAAGAUGGUGGGACUUUGUCUGACUACAACAUUCAAAAACAGUCCACCCUUCAUCUUGUGUUGAGACUUCUGGCCAUGUUAAGACAUGGAGGAAGUCUCACACCACUCCCAAGAAGACCAAGCAUAAGAGAAAGCAAGUUAAGCUGAUUGUCAUGAAGUACUAGAAUGUGAUAAAAGUGACAAGAUCAGUCACCUAUGUCGAGAGCUGAAUGCUGGGCUGGAGUUGCCAUGGCCACCACUUUGACAGACAUUCCUGGGGCAAGUGCUGUCUCACUGGCUGCUUCAGCAAGCCAGGAGGCUGGGCAGAAAAAGAUAGAGACUGGAAAAAAAAAACCCACAAAAUGCUCUGAUUUGUAAGUUUCCUACCCUUUAAAACGAUUCCAAAAGUGUCCUCCCCUUUUUAUAUGAUGAAACCUUUAUUAAGAUGUUUAAUGUAGCAGUUUAAUAUUAACCUCUUUCUGCCUGAUAGUGGACUUUGGAUUUCUGUUGUCUUUCUGGCAUACAGAUGAAAUACAUUAGACUAUAUUUUAUCUGUAUUCUUUUAGUCAAAGUAAGACACCCACCUAUUCAAGUUGAAAUGAUUUUACCAUAAUUCAUAUUCUAUGAAUAAUCACAUUAAAACUACCACUGUCUUGACUUGACUUACAAUUAGCUGAAAAUAUCAGUAUCACAUAAAGUGAAAAUAGCUAUAAACCUAAUAGAAUAGAAGUACACAAGAUAGAGUGCUUCUAAAAAUUCUAUUAACCAUAUGAAAUAUUGUUUUCUAACAAUAUUUAGCAAAUGCUAAGAAUUUAACCUUACAUUGGAUAGAAAUCCAUGUAAGUUUGUAACUGGAAACUUUACCCAGGGUCUCUAUUUCUCAGUUAUGUGCUGAGGAAAUGUGCAUGUUAUUUUCCAAAUAUCUAUCUACUCAAUCAGGAACUUUACAUGAAUUUCCUUAAAAGGUUAAGAAAGUAGAUAAACUUUUUUUUUACUUUCUGUUCUCUUCAGGGAGUAAAUGCCAUUUUCCCUAUGUGAAAUAUUUACAGCAGCAUGGGAUCAGAAAGUUCAGAAAUGAAGCCACCAGGAAAAACAAGCCCAGCACAAUGCCAGAGGUCUCAGGCUCUGUCCAAAUCAGGUUCAGUCAAAUCACAGCCCAAUAACCUGAGCGAUGUUUUCGUUUGUUUGGUUGAUUUGUUGGGGCAAAGUCUCUCUACAUAGUCCUGGCUUUUCUAGAACUUACGUACAUCAUGCUGGCCUAGAACUCAGAGAGAUCUGUCCACCUCUGCUUACUGAGGGUUGAGAUUAAAAAUUUGUCUGCCCAGUUGUGUAGCUUCAUCUGCUUAAGGGGCCCCCUGGCAGCAGGAUCCAGUGCCCUCAAAGGUCAAAAGGCAUCACAUCCUCUGGAGCUGAAGUUGUGAGUCACACAGUGUAGAUGAGGGUAACUGAACCUGGGUCCUCUGCACGAGCAAUAUGUUAGACCCAGAGACAUCUGCCACGUUUAGCCUUGGCUGAGGUUACAGCGUGGCUUGCUUUUGCCUGUCCGAGCAGUCUGUCCCACGGAAAGACAUCUACUAGAACAUUGUGAUGUGGCUGUCAAUCCAUUUGUCACAGCAUUUCUGUCUAUUCAUAGUCUACUAAUUUUCAGUAACUGAUAUGUAUGAUGUUGAAAUGUAUGCUAAUGAAAUUAUCUGGACUUUUCCUCUAAAUUGCUGUUUUUUCCCAAUUCUCUCUUCUCUAAAGUUCCUGGAAGAUAAGGACCACCUUUGCCUUUGUGACUUAGGAAACUUUAUCUGUGAAACCACAGCAAUAACUAAUUACCAAGCCAGUAUUCAUUUCUCCUUUUUUUUUUUAAAUUUGAUUGGUUAUCUUACCCAGUUCUGAAGUUUUCCCUUGAAGUGUUGCUCUGUAGUGUUAGCUGCGGCUUUUGAACUAUGUUACUGCUAGUACGACCCUUCUGUUGGCAACAUCUUUUUUGCUGCCAUUUGUCAUUUUGUUUUUGAGCUUAAUCAUAUUUUUUAACUUUUCUUUUUAUAUUUCAACUUUUCAUUUCUGUGUGCUGGCAGUAGGAUGAUUUCUCAAAUGACAUGAUCUUGAGGACCUGAGCCCAGUGAAAUCGUCUAAAUUUGGGUCACGUCCUUCACUAUAGGAAAAAACUCUGUGGUUCCCCCUCCCUCACGUUCAUGUCUUCUGAGCUCACACUGUAUGGGGUCUUCUGUUUAAAUUAAUUUGCUCUUUGACAGUUUCAUCCAUGUGUGUAAUAGCUUGAAGUCACACUCACCCCACCUCUUUCCCACCAAGCCCCUUCCUGGGAACAAGCCUCCUCUCUCCUGUGUCUUUGUUUCACUUUGUCCUUGUUCUGUGACUCACUGACCUUCAUCUGGGUGUCCCACGGACAAGGAUGUGGAGCUAGCUACUGGAAGCCGAUACUACACAACAGAAGACAAUGACUGCCUCUACAGCAACCGUGAACUCCAGGAGGGGCUGUGCUCCUUGAGUUCCAUUGGAUGGGGGCUUUUAGAAUUGCACCAUGCCAAACUACAAACUGAUUUAUUUUAAUAUGAGGGGGAGAGCAGAAAUUAUUCGUUAUAUAUUUGCUUAUUUGGACAUAAAGUACGAAGAUCACAGAAUAGAACAAGCUGACUGGCCCAAAAUCAAACCAACUCUUCCAUUUGGCAAAAUCCCUGUAUUGGAGGUGGGAGGACUUACCCUUCACCAGAGUCUUGCAAUAGCAAGAUAUUUGACUAAAAACACAGAUUUGGCUGGCAAGACAGAGUUGGAGCAAUGUCAAGCUGAUGCGGUUGUGGACACACUGGACGACUUCAUGUCACUUUUUCCAUGGGCAGAGAAAAAUCAAGAUGUAAAAGAGCGGACGUUCAAGGAGUUGCUCACAUGUCAUGCACCUCCUCUUCUGAAAGAUUUGGACACAUACUUAGGGGACAAGGAGUGGUUUAUUGGUAAUUAUGUCACCUGGGCAGACUUCUACUGGGAUAUCUGCAGCACCACACUUUUGGUCUUAAAACCUGACUUGUUGGACAUCCACCCUAGGCUGGCGUCAUUGCGGAAGAAAGUCCAAGCUCUCCCUGCCAUUGCUGCCUGGGUGCAGAAGAGGCCACAGACCAAACUCUGAUGCAGGCACAGCACCAGAUGAGGGCGACAUCCGCCUGCCAGAUGAUCCAUACCCUUCUUAACUACCACGAAACUCUGUUGUAUUCUGCUUGCUAUGAUUCUUUUUGUUGUUUCUGUAGGCAUUUAGUUUACAGCAUUUUCUUUUUUCAGGACUUUACAUUUUUUAUAAUUGAAACAGUUCACAAUACAUAAUGCUUUGCAUUGACUAUCAACAUGCAUGGAUGCUUUAGUUAAAAUACUAGUUUCCUGGCUAAUGUGUCAAUUACCACAGCAUUUUAACUAAGAAAUCAUGUGAAAUACAGAUUUUGCAAGUAGAUCUUCAAUCAACAAAUCGCUACACUAAAAAACAAUGCCUAUGAUACUCAGUGGCUAACCAUGUCACUGACCACCAUUGUACAUGUUAUUCAGGUAUACACCAAAGUGUUUGUUUCCCAAAAAUACACAUUUGUCCGGCAUAUCAUAAAUGAGUACUAAAAAGAGGGAACUCAUAAAGAUCAAAGUACAACCAA